AUGAAGUACCUCGUCACGGCCUUGAGCGCUGCCACGCUCGCGACCAGCGUGGCAGCCCAAGUUGCCACUCUGGAUCCCGCCGAGGACAUCAUCCCCAUUAUUCCACCGGAUGUCCUGACGAACGUGCAGGAAGAACGGAAGUAUGACGCCUGCCACAAGAUUGACACCUCAGUCGCCGGUGGUCUCAUCUGGCCUUGCGCCUCGCAGCUCAAGAUUCUCGAGUCUUGCCCUAAGUCGGCCAAAACGGCCGAGGAGCGCAAGGCCCAGCGAGACUGCAUCUGCGGCAAGGGAAGCUCGUUCUUGCAAGACGCUGUUGCCUGUUCAGAAUGCAAGAUUCAGAACGGUCUGCAGCCAGACAACCAGCGCGAUUUCUGGAAAAAGUCCUUCGGAGCCCUGGACAAGGAGUACUGCCAGUCCGACGACGUGGCUGUCGACUACAAAGAAUUUACUAAAGACUGGACACCGCCAAAGGGAGUCAUUGCUGGCAACUCUCUGGAUGGUCAGAUCGGCAAUCCUAGGGACUACUAUAAACAGGCCGGUGUUGCCGUCCCGGAGAAGCAGGGCCCGGGCAAAUCUACGCCCGCUGCCCUCCACCCUGGAGUCAACGACAACACCGUCAAUGCCGAUAUCAGUGACCCCCUGGCUGGGCAGGUUGUCGUUCCCGCCUAUGUUGCCGUCGAGGUCAACAACAAGCCCUCUGGAGCCAACACUGCCCCCGUUACGACCACGCCUUCAGCUGCUGGCUCGCAGCCCACCACCUUGGUGCGUGUCACGUCCGGGGAUUCUACCGCAGCAGCCACUGCCUCUUUGUCACCUUCGAGCUCGCUUGUCCCUGCCUCUGGCUCCAACGGUGGCGCUGAUGUCGCGCAUAUUAUCAUGAUCAACGGCAAGGCCUGCCACGUAUAUAUCAUCUGGGUCAUCAUUGAUUGCGCCCCCAAGAAGGACGCCCAGGGAAAUCUCUAUAUCGAAUACAAGAACAACGGAAUUGACAAUAACAAGCCCGUCUCCAUGCUGGAGAACAAGAAGCAGUUCGACCAGAUCAAGGACACCGUACACGAUGCCAGCAAGGACGAUAACAGUGCAAAGGAACUGAAGGACAUCGUCGGUACCGAAGCCGACGUCGUUGCGGCUCCUGGAAAUAAGAAGCCCCUUCCUCCUCCCGAGAAGCCCGCCUCUGGAGAGCCCCAGGCCCCCAAUGGCGCCGCCGGAUCUGGUACUUCUGACGAGCCUGUUACCGGCACCACUGUUAACACGCCCGAUGUGUCGGAUGAUAAGGAUGAGUGCGUCAACGAAGAUCUCACCGGCGGUGCUAACACUCCGGACAAUGGUUCUACCAACACCGAGAGUAUCCCCAGUGGCAGUACCGGAACUGGCGCUCCUAACAGCAAGCCUGCUGCUGAUAUUAACACGCCCGCUAUGUCGGAUGAUGAUGAGUGCGACAACGAAGAUCUCACCAACGGUGCUAACACUCCUGACAAUGGCUCUACCAAUACCCACAACCCUGAGAAUAUCCUAAGUGGCGGUACCGGAACUGGCGCUCCUAAUAAAAAGCCUGCUACUGACAACAACACGCCCGCUAUAUCGGAUGAUGAGGAUGAGUGCGUUAAUGAAGAUCUCACCAACGGUGCUAACACUCCUGAUAAUGGCUCUACCAACACGCCCAACACUGAGAACGUCCCCAGUGGCAGUACCGGAACUGGCGCUCCCAACAACAAGCCUGCUGCUGACAAUAGCACGCCCGCUGUGUCGAAUGAUGAGGAUGAGUUUGUCAAUGUCCCCAGCGGUGCUACCACUCCUGAUAAUGGCCCUACCAACGUCCCCAACACUCAGAACACACAGAAUCCUCCCAGCGGUGGUGCCGAGACUAUCGUUUCUAGCCUCGAGGAUACUAUGAAGAACCCUAAUACUCCCCAGGGCCCUAAAAAGACCCCUAGCACCCAGAAUCCUCCCAGCGGCGGUGCCGAGACUGUCGUUUCUAGCCCCGAGGGUACUAUGAAGAACCCCAACACUCAGCACACAGAGAAUCCUCCCAGCGGUGGUGCCGAGACUGUCGUUUCCAGCCUCGAGGGUACCAUGAAUACCCCCAACACUCCCCAGGGCACUGAAAAGACCCCCAGCACCCAAAAUGCCCCCAGCGGCAGUGCCGAUACCGUUGCCCCUGGCCCGAACGGCACCAAGACGACUCCUAAUGCUCCUGCCCAGAACUCCGCCGGCACCCCUGGUGGCCAGACUGGCAGCAAUACUCCCUCUAACUCUGGUAGCCAGUCUGAAACCAAAGAUUGCGAAUGCGCCUCUGGCAGCAAGGCCCCUGAGCGCAAGGAUGCCGACGAGAUCUGCGCCAAGAGGGAGAAGACCGAGACAGACUGCAACAAGGAGUCGGGAGAGAACAUGCGAAAGUGCUUUUGCUCCGAGGGAAGCUUCCAGAACCAGCGAUUCUUCGAGGAGGCAAUCACUUGCUCACGACGAUCUGACAAUUGUCGCUUGGGAGAGUAUGGGGCUCAAGUGUUCUUCCAGAUCCAGCAUCUCUACUGUGAUUUGAAGUUGUUUGGAAACGACUAUGCCGCCGCGUACAAGAACGUGUUGGAUUCUUGGGGACGUGAGAGAGCCCCGACUGCUUCUCUCAUGUAA